CCAGGGGCUCCUGCUCAGUCUUCCAGCUCCGCCCCCUCUUCCUAUUGGUCUGGAGCUGCCCACAAUCGGUGUGAGUUGGAGCAUGCGCAGUCCGUGGAGACAGACGGGAAGGGAGUUCGAGCGAACGGACUUAAAAUGUGGGUUUAAAUAGACCGAGUGCAGAUUCAGGGCCGAAAAUAAACCCGUGAAUAGACAUAGGACCGGGGGGUGAGGUUGAAAGCUUCAUAAACUCACGGUGUUAGCCCCAAACCCUAGGUAAGGAGCCAUCGGUCCCGCGUUUGCUCGGAGUUGCGGGAGAAAGGCCCGAGUUAACGGCCGCCAUCUUUAUAGGGUCAAUGUAGUGAGGGGCGCAUGCGCGGCCGCCAUCUUUAUAGGGGCAAUGUAUGAUGGGCGCAUGCGCGACCUCUCGCAUUCGGCGAAACAAAGAGAAAAGGAAGGAAACCUUGGGAGGUUUGGAGAAACCACCUUCAUGAUCACUCAAGAAAUCUCCACACUGAGUUUUGGACACAAGGGUAUUGGAAGGGGAGGAUUUCAAACAUCAGUGUGACUGGGAAAACACUGAGAUACAGACACACCCGAGUCACAGUGUUCCAGUGAACUGACUGUGCCAAGAGCUUUAACCAGUUACACAGCCUGAAAUAACAUUGCACCAAUCACAGUGGGGAGAAACUGUACACGUGUUCUCUGUGUGGAUGAGGCUUCAACUGACCAUCCAAUCUGGAGACACACAGGGAUACCCACACCAUGGAGAAACGAUGGAAAUGUGAGGAAUGUGGGAAUGGAUUCAAUUACCCAUCUCAGCUACAAAAGCAUCAGCGCAGUCACACUGGGGAGAGGCCGUUCACUUGCUCUGAGUGUGGGAAGGGUUUCACUCAGUCAGCCAACCUGCGAGCACACCAGCGUAUUCACACUGGAGAGAGGCCAUUCACCUGCUCUGAGUGUGGGACGGGAUUCACUAAGUCAUUUGACCUGCUGAGACACCGGCGGGUUCACACUGGAGAGAGGCCAUUCACCUGCUCUGAGUGUGGGAAAGGUUUCACUCAGUCAUCUGACCUGCUGAGACACCAGCGAGUUCACAGUGGGGAGAGGCCAUUCACCUGCUCCGAGUGUGCGAAGGGAUUCAGUCAGUUAUCCAGCCUGCUUAUACACCAGCGGUUUCACACUGGAGAGAGGCCGUUCACUUGCUCAGAGUGUGGGAAAGGAUUCACUCAGUUAUCCCACCUGCUGGUGCACCAGCUUUGUCACACUGGAGAGAGGCCGUUCACCUGCACCGAGUGUGGGAAGAGAUUCACUCGGUCAUCGCACCUGCAAACGCACCAGCGAAUACACACUGGAGAGACACCGUUCACCUGCUCCGAGUGUGGGAAGGGAUUCACUCAGUCAUCCCAUCUGCGAACACACCAACAAAUUCACACUGGGGAGAGGCUGUUCACCUGCUCUGAGUGUGGGAAGGGAUUCACUCAGUCAUCCGACCUGUGGAGACACCAACGAGUUCACACUGGGGAGAGACCAUUCACUUGCUCCGAGUGUGGGAAGGGAUGCACUCAGUCAUCUGACUUGCUGAUACACCAGCGGAUUCACACUGGGGAGAGACCAUUCACCUGCCCUAUAUGUGGCAAAGGAUUCACUGCGUCCUCUGCACUGCUGAAGCACCAGCGAAUUCACACUGAGGAGAAGCCAUUCAGCUGUACUUCCUGUGGAAAGAGAUUCAGGUCUUCAGCCCAGCUCAAAGCACACCAGCGAGUUCACACUGGAGAGAGACCAUUCACCUGUUCUGAGUGUGGGAAGAAAUUCACUCACUCAUCCCAACUGCAGAGACACCAGCGAGUUCAUAGGUCACAGCAGAGGUUGGAUUCUGCCGUUAUUACUGCUGUUAAUCACAUCCAGGACUGAACCAUCUUCAUUCUGAUAGUUGGGGUUUGUUUCUGCUGAUGUUCACAAUCCCUGUAACUGGGCUGAAGUUUAAUAUUCUGGAUCUAUAGCUGAUUGUGUUCUCGGGGCUGCAGUGGACCAGGAGGCUUCACAAAUAUCCCCAUCCUCAAUGAUGGAAGAGCCCAGCACAUCAGCCUGAAGCAUUUAUAGCAAUAAUUAGCCAGAAAUACCUAGUCGAUGAUCCAUCUCGGCCUCAUCCAGUGGUCCCCAGGAUCACAGAUGCCAGUCUUCAGCCAAAUCGAUUCACUCGUGAUAUCGAGAAUCGAUUGAAGGUAUUAGAUCCUGCAAAGGCUAUGGGCCCUGACAAUAUUCUGCAAUUGUACUGAAGACUUGUGCUCCAUGCCGUGCCCCUAGCCAAGCUGCUCCAGUACAGCUACAAUACAGGC